GGUGACUCAGCAGCGCCGGGAGGGGACRGUCACCAUCUCCCCGGUGCUCCCUCGGCUCUCGCAGAGCUCCCAGUGCCCGGCUCUGAGCUCCGUGUCACAGCGCAGCGGGGACAGGCGCGCACCGGCCGCGACAAAGCAGCGCCUCUGCGCCCCGCCCCGCGUUCCGGCAGGGCUGUGCCGAUACCGAGCAGAGAAGGGCACACACAGAGGGUCGGGGCUCAGCUCUGCUCUCCGCUCAGUUGGCAUUUCCUCACUGGAAUUCUCCCUUUCUUUCCCUGCUUGGCAGCGCGGUUGAGGAUGGACGUGGGAUCAGCCGGGUUGCUCGUCUCUCUCCUCCUCCUCCUCUCCAUCCUGUGGCUCCUGGUCCGGAGGAGUGACACCAAGAGGAGCCGGCUGCCCCCUGGCCCAGCCCCGUGGCCCAUCCUGGGCAACCUGUGGCAGAAAGAUGUCCUGCCCCUCUACAGGCACUAYGAGAAGCUCAGCAGCACCUAYGGCCCCAUCUUCACCGUGUGGCUGGGCCUGAGGCCGGUGGUGGUGCUCUGCGGCUACGAGGCGGUGAAGGAUGCCCUGGUGGGACACUCKGAGGAGUUUGGGGGCAGACCUGAGAUCCCCCUGCUGAUGCAGCUUUCCAAAGACUACGGAUUUGUCUCCAACAAUGAGAAGAAGUGGCGGGAGCUGCGGAGGUUCACACUCAGCACCCUGCGGGAUUUUGGGAUGGGGAAGAGCUCCAUGUCCCAGAAGGUGCAGCAGGAGGCUCAGUACCUGGUGGAGCUGCUGACAGAGCUCAAAGGCAAUGCCUUUGAGCCAAUGACCAUGUUCAGAUACGCAGUUUCCAACGUGAUCUGCUCCGUGGUCUUUGGGAGCCGCUACAGCUACAACGACUCUGCUUUCCUGGAGCUGCUCAAUGCCAUCGGGAACUACAUCAGCUUCUUCCUGUCCCCCAUCGCCAAGGUGUACAACACCUUUCCCAGCAUCAUGCACCACCUCCCGGGGCCUCACAAGAAGGUCCUGGCCGAGUGCCAGAAGCUGAAGGACCACAUCCAAGAGAAGGUGCAGUUCCACAAGCUGACUCUGGACUCCAGCUGCCCCAGGGACUACAUCGACUGUUUCUUGAUAAAAGCAGAGAAGGAGAAGGGCAGCCCAGACAACAUGUACAGCCACGAAGACCUGAUCAUGUCUGUGUUCAACCUGUUUGGGGCCGGGACGGUGACAACCAGCAACACUCUGGUGUUCUUCCUGCUGAUGCUGGCAAAGCACCCCCACAUCCAAGCCAAGGUCCAGGAGGAGAUCGAUGCUGUGGUGGGCAGUGGCCGUGCCCCCAGCACGGAGGACAAGCUGCGCAUGCCCUACACCAACGCCGUGAUCCACGAGCUGCAGCGCUUCCACAAGACCCGCAUCGAGAACUUCCCGCGCAUGACUACRCAGGACGUCCUGUUCAGGGGCUACACCAUCCCCAAGGGCACACCUGUUAUUCCGGUGUUUUCCUCUGUGCAUUCGGAUCCAACCCAGUGGGAGAACCCCAAAAAAGUGGACCCAGCGCACUUCUUGGAUGAGAAGGGCGAGUUCAGGAAGCGUGAYGCCUUCAUGGCAUUCUCAGCAGGGAAGCGGAUGUGCCCGGGGGAGGCGCUGGCCCGCAUCGAGCUCUUCCUUUUCCUCACCACRCUGCUGCAGAGCUUCACCUUCCAGCUGGCCAUGGAGCACAAGGAGAUGGAUUUGUUCUCCCUGUGGCUCGAGAUCGAGAGGAGGGCGAUCUCGGGCAAGUUCUUUGCUAUUCCACGCUCGGUGUCCUCCUGAGCAGGGACAGCGGGACAAGGAAAAGCUCUUCCAGGUGCUUCCACUGCUGACCCCAGAGCGAGCCCUGUGGCCAGGAGGGCACAGCCACAGCCACCACGGGAGGGACAAUUUGAGCUUGGAGUUCCUGCUCUGAGAACUGUUGGGCUCCUUUGGCACCAGCUCCUCAGGCAGCCUGCCCCCAGCCCUUCCCRGCACAUGCCAGGAGCACGAGGAGGGCAGCACUGCUCUUCCUCCCCCAUCCCCGCCCGUGCUGGUUGAGCUCCUGGUGGCAGGGCUGCCAGGGGCUCAUGGGCUGGGCAGGGGCUCUCCCAGUUGGUGACAGAUUCAGAGUGCUCUGCAAUAAAGGUAACCAUCAGAACAGGA